CCCGCCACCGGUCUCGUCUCCUUUGAACGCUUCAAAGGCCGAGGUCCCUGCUCUUCCUCACAAUACCUUCUAACCCUAGUUUUCCUCCUCGUUCAAUCCAGGGUUUCUAUCUGUUACUCCCUCUCAAACCCUAGAUUUACACAACCAUGUAUACCUUAACCGCCAUUGUUAUUGAGCUCCCUGAAACCGCAGCCACUGUUGCAUCUGCAACUCCCCUUCUCUGCGCUAGAAGCCAUGGAUCGGCUAGGGUUCCUGGCCGUGAUCUCCAUUAUGGUGAUUUCUUGGGGUUUUGCAGAGGGUUUGGGGGUGAAUUGGGGGAAUAUGGCCACUCAUCCAUUGAAACCAGACAUAGUGGUUCAGAUGUUGAAGGAUAAUGGGAUAAAGAAGGUGAAGCUCUUUGAUGCUGAUGCAUGGACUUUGAGCUCUCUUGUAGGUAGUGGGAUCGAAGUUACAGUGGCUAUUCCAAAUGAUAUGUUGGGGAGAAUGGCAGGGAAGUAUGAGCACGCCAAGGAAUGGGUCAAGAAGAAUGUUACAAGAUAUAAUUAUGAAGGGGGUGUCAAUAUCAAAUAUGUUGCUGUUGGGAACGAGCCCUUCCUUACAAGCUAUAAUGGGAGCUUCAUGAAGAGUACUUUCCCUGCUCUCCAAAACAUUCAAAAAGCCCUAAAUGAGGCGGGCAUUGGUGACAAGAUCAAGGCCACCAUUCCCCUAAAUGCCGAUGUCUACAAUUCCCCUUCUGAUGAUCCUAUGCCUUCAAGCGGUGACUUUCGUGCUGAUAUCCGAUCCCUAAUGAAAGAAAUUGUCCAUUUCCUUAAUGAGCACAAUUCCCCUUUCAUGGUCAACAUAUACCCCUUCCUUAGCCUCUACCAGAACAAAAAUUUUCCAGUUGACUUUGCCUUCUUUGAUGGAGGAAGCAAGCCCUUAAAUGAUAAGGGUCUCUCUUAUCUCAAUGUUUUCGAUGCUAAUUUUGACACUCUUGUGUGGUCUCUAAGGAAGGCAGGGGUCCCCAACAUGAACAUAGCGGUUGGUGAGGUGGGGUGGCCAACAGAUGGUGAUAAAAACGGGAAUGUUAUGCUUGCUAAACGAUUUUACAAUGGGUUGAUAAAGAAUUUGGCAAACAAUAAAGGCACCCCACUUAAGCCAGGGCACAUUGAAACUUACCUUUUUAGCCUUCUCGACGAGGAUGCUAAGAGUAUUUUGCCAGGUGAUUUUGAGAGGCACUGGGGGAUAUUUAGGUUUGAUGGUAAGCCCAAAUUUGAGAUGGAUCUAUCGGGUGAGGGUAGAGAGAAGCAGCUUGUUGGGGCUAAGAAUGUGGAGUAUAUGCCUCGACAAUGGUGUGUGAUGAAACCGGGGCAUGUCGACGUGGCCAAGGUCGCUAACAAUGUGGACUAUGCGUGCUCCUUAUCUGAUUGCACUUCGCUUGGGUUCGAACGGUCAUGUGGUUAUUUGGACCUCAAGGGGAAUGUCUCAUAUGCAUUCAACAUGUAUUUUCAGACUCAAGAUCAGGACGUGCAGGCUUGCAACUUCCAAGGGCUAGCCAUGAUCACUACAAAAAAUCCAGCACAUGACACAUGCCUUUUCCCUAUUCAGAUUGUGAGCCCCAGUGAGAGAGUGGUGGCUACUGCUUGGUUGGCUUCGGCGAUGGCCUUGUUCCUCGUGUUGUUUGGGGUGUUCUAGAGAGAGAAACAUGUUGCUGUAGAGAGAGAGAAGAGCACAAUGUGGAACUUUCAAGUGGUGAAGUUCUGGAUUUGUCUUGUAUCCAAUAGUGUUGUAUCAAAUGGGAUAAUAAAAUUUGACUACUUGUAACUACUGACCUAGUCUUUCUGAAUUAAUAUUGAUUCAUUUGCUGUCACAAGCAAGUUUGAUUGAA